UUAGCUUGCUGUGUUUAUGGCAGAGAGAGAGACUCAGUGUCAUAUAUAUUUCUACAAAUAUACCUCCCUAACUCUACAUAUUUACCAUUAUACCAUUAUACCUUGAAAUACCAUUAUCCUCUUUUCUUCUCUCCCAUGAAUUCUUUAUCUCCUUCUCUGCCAUAAUCUAACGCUAGAAUUCACGGCGACACAAAAUUUUGAGUCCCUGAUCGCUCCUUUGCUGUUUAUACUCGCCGGAAAUUUAGCUUCAGUAACUGUUGCAUAUGAGUAACAUGAUUGGUGUGUUGCAGCCUAUACAAUUGAAAGCAGCUGUGAAGGGUUUGCAUUGGAGAAGCUCUCUGGAGAUUCACAAGCUUCUUAAAGAUAAUGAAGAUUUCUGUAUUUGUUAUAACUCUGAAGUAGAAGGGGAACCACCAAAAAAGAUUAAUGUAGAGAAAAUGGUAGGAAUAUUACCUAUGCACCUAAUGGCAGUGGUUAUGCAUUCUGAUGGAGAUGACAGUUUCCUCCAAUAUUUACUGUGUGGGAUCAGACUGUUGCAGACGUUGUGCGACUUAACUUCUCGUCACCCUAAACUUGAGCAGGUCUUGCUUGAUGAUGUGAAACUAUCAGGACAGAUGAUUGAUCUGGUGAUCCUUACAAUAAUACUUCUUGGCAAAAAUAGAAAGGAAAGCUGGAAUUCAGAUAAUGACUCACUGCUAGAUGCCACAUUGGUGGCUUCUUCUCUUUACCUGUUGCAUGGGUUUAUCUCUCCUAACUACCAAGAUCUUGCUCAAGUCUUGCUUGCCCACCGUAAUGUUGAUGUAUUUAUCGAUAGUGCUUUUGGAGCGGUUCACAAUGUCGUGAGAUCUUUAAGAGUGAAGUUGCUGUAUCGGCGAACUGACCUACCGCAAAAGUUAGGUGUGGAUACUCUUGGGGCAGUUAAUAUCCACUGCCAACAAGCUGAAGCUGCUUUGCAGUUCCUUCAUUCUCUAUGCCAACACAAGCUGUUUCGAGACCGUCUCGCUAAAAACAAGGAGCUAUGUGGAAAAGGUGGUGUUCUUAUGCUAGCUCAAUCCAUACUAUCACUAACUGUCUCACCUGAAUUUGUUGGAGAAUCCGUAACAAGAGCUUCAAUGUCUAGAAUGCAAGCAAAGGUCCUUUCACUUUUGCAUCAUGUGUUUGAGGCGGAUGGUGUAUCAUUUCUUGAUGAGGUUGCACGUGCAGGAAAUAAGCAUUUAGCCAAAACGAUUGCCAGAGAGGUUCUUGAAUUAUUGAGACUUGGCCUGUCUAAAGCUUCCAAGGCUAGUGCUUCACCUGACUAUCCAAUGGGCUUUGUGCUACUUAACGCUAUGCGCUUGGCUGACGUGUUCACGGAUGACUCAAAUUUUCGACAUUUUUUCAUCAAACAUUUGCCUGUGGUUCUCAGCGCAGUAUGUUGUCUCUCUCAUGGAGAUUUCUUGUCAAUGUUAUGCUCUUCUGAUAUUUCUUCGAGGGAGGAUGAUGCCACACUAGAUUACGAUCUGUUUACAUCAGCUGGAGCGGCUCUUAGUGUAUUUUCAUCUUCUGGUCAAUUGGUCGUGCCUCAAUUCAAGCUUAGUUUUCAAAAUAACCUCACCAUGUCUUCAUACGCACAUCAAAGAACAUCCCUACUUAUUAAAAUUAUUGCGAACUCUCACUGCUUCGUUCCCAACGUCUGCAAAGAAGAGGAUAGGAACCGCUUCAUUAAGAAUUUUAUGAGUGGAUUGCGAAAGGAUCCUUCAAGCAUAUUGGUUAAUCUAUUACCAGGCCCUUCAUAUACUCCGGUGGCACAGAGAGGCACUGGCGUUUUCAGAAACAUAUGUUCUUUGUUGCGUCAUGGACAAUCCUUGAUCCCUAAUGUCCUUAAUGGCGAAGAUUUCCAGCUUUUCAGGGUGUUCUGCGUCCAGUUGGAACCGCUAAUUCGUUCUGAGUUUGAAGAAAGUCAGGCUGAGGUGAAGGAUAUUCAAGGUACGGAAGGGAAUUUAUCUGGUAAGCAGCAAAGAACAGAGCCUCUGAAUCUUAACAAUGAAGAAGCUUCAGAGAAUUGUGAUGUCCGAGUGGAGGGUGUGGCGACAAAGCAAGGCGUGAACAAGAAGAUGGAAAUAGGUGAAGGGUUGAAAGAGAGCGACGCAGAUGCGAGCAAUCUUGAAACCAGUGGUUCAGAUACAAGCUCUAACAAAGGGAAGAGUCUGGUUGAUCAGCUUGACGAUGGAGAGUUGCUUUUGCGCAAGCGGUUUAAAGGAAGUGCAUCGGGAGAGGUGAAGGAAGAUGAGAGAGCUGAAAAUUUUCUUGUGUUUGAGAAACUGAGGAAGAAACGGAAGCGUAGUAUUAUGAAUGAUGAUCAAAUGGUGAUGAUCGAGAAGGCGCUUGCUGAUGAACCUGAUAUGCAGCGAAAUUCAUCUUGGAUACAGUAUUGGGCUCAUAAAUUGAGUCAAAAUGGUUCCGAGGUUAUUACAUCUUCGCAGCUGAAAAACUGGCUGAAUAACCGAAAAGCGAAACUAGCUCGAGCAAACAAGCAAGGGUGGCCUGUUCGUGAUAGCUUAGGGGAUUUUCCGGAGAGUCCUGGAGAUGAGAACACUUGGCAGCAGAAACCAUCAACGCCAAUCACAGAUCAAGCUGCAUCAAGAACCCCGAAAACAGGAGAGAAUCCGAUGAGAUCAUCGUCAUCAUCAGAAGAAGGGCUAAAGCGAGGGCAACAAGUGGUUCUGAUGAACGAGAGAGGAGAUAAGAUCGGGAUAGGAAUGGUGUUGAGAACUGACGGUGAAUGGUACGGUUUAAGCCUGGAGACAAGACGGGUUUGUGUAGUUGAUGUUGUGGAGCUUAGUGCAUAUGAUUGGAGCAAAAUGAUCAUCCCUUAUGGGUCUGAUGAUGUUGGGAGGAAUUUUGAGGAAGCGAAUUCGAAGUUUGGAGUUAUGAGAGUGGCUUGGGAUGUGAACAAGCUUCAGUAUUAGACUCAGUUGCAUUGACUUUGAUCAUUAGGCUUUUGUUUUUUUUACUUUUUAGAGAUUCUCUUUUGGUACUAUUAAUCUGUUUAUGAGCUCUGUCUCCCUCUCUCUCUGUCUCCCUCUCAGAGGUUAUCUUACAGGUGAAGGUUGAGACAUUGAGAGUAAAUAGUGAAGAUAAUAACUGACGGGAGAGGUUGACUUUUCUCUCCUUACUUUAAAUAAGUACAA